UGUAAAUCAAAAGCAAUUAUUAGAUUAUUGAACAAUACUGAAAAUCGGACGAUAUACAUUGUGAAAUAUAUCCGUAGAGUAAAACAAAUUUGUUUACAUUGCGUCAAUAAUUUUACCAAAAUGACUGAGUAUUGGAAAUCAAACGACCGCAAAUUUUGCGACUUCUGCAAAUGUUGGAUCAGUGACAAUAAAGUUAGUGUAUCAUUUCAUGAAAAUGGUAAACGCCAUAAAUUGAAUGUUUCGAAGCGUAUAGCUGAAAUAAGACGUUUCAGUGAAAAAGCAGAUAAGGAGAGUCGCCAAAUGGAUGCUGAUAUACGAAAAAUGGAGGCAGCAGCUCUAGCUUCUUAUGCUAAUGACGUACAAGCAAAAGGUGAUAUGACAGCUCAAUCGGUUAGUGUUAUGAAUAAUGUUGGCAAUUCUGCUGGUGAACGUCCAAUCAACAGUAAAACUAGUGCACAAGUAGAUCCUAUGCGACUAGUUGGCGAUUCGGAUGAUGAAGAUGAUCGGCGUGUACGCACAGAUAAAGUUGAUCAUGAACAAGUACCAAAUGCAUCUCUUUGGGUAGAGAGCAAAUGUGAUAAAGGGUAUACAUAUUAUUGGAAUGUUAAAACUAAUGAAUCCGUUUGGAAAGAACCUAAGGAAGGAUAUCUUUCUUGGGAAGAUUAUCAACGCAUAAACGAUAUUGCAAUUAAACAACAAGAAAUGCAACAAGCAGCUGAAGCAAAGAGAUUUCGUGAGAAUGUCAACGAGGAAGUGGCUCGCUAUAAUAGGGAGAAACUAAAAAAAUAUUGUAAAAGAGAUGGAACAGAAGAAACUAAAACUUCUCAAGAAAUUAGAGCUACUUAUAAAACGCAGGAAGAAGCUGCUGCAGUUACAAUAGGAGCAUGGCAAACCGUUGAAGAAAAGCCACCACCACAGGCAAUCGAUUGGGAACUACCGAAAUCUGACAAGUUGUAUAUUGCUCCAGUUGUAUCUGAAAUUGUGCCAGAACCGCCAGUAAAGCGUUUUAAGGAAAAAACCAUAACAUCAUUAGACGAUGAAUCUUCUGAUCCAAAGACAACCGUUUUCAAAAAAAGAAAGAACUUCAGUAAAGGAAAUGCACGCAAACGUUUAGAGGAUGACUGAUAUAAUAUUUUUAUUGAUAAAUAAUUUAAUUCAGAAAAAAACGUGUAACGAAAGAUCAACAUUAACAAACACUGAAAUUUUGUCACUGUAUUACUAUGGCAAGACAACAGAAAAAUGUACAAAUUUUACAUAUAAAUUUAAUUAUGUCUUAUAUUUUGUCCUGUGGAGAUGCUAUUAAUCACAAUACGAUGCGUGGUGUGCACAAUCGUAUAUUUUUUAUGAAAGAUACACAUUUAACUGUUCAUAUUGGAGAAAUUCUUAAUUGAUUAUUCCGAUUCCAAUGAAAUUUUUAUAAUUUCCU